CUCAAGUUCGGGACACUGGCGCCAAUAUUACCAAUCACUCGUGGCAGGCCUGUGUUGCUUGUGCGGCCUGCCUGACUUAUGCUGACUUGCGGCCAAUGAGAUGUGAGGGCAGGUGGAGGAGUCUGAUUUCGACUUGUGGUUGCCAAUGGAAAUGGAGGCAAUUCUGGCGGGCCGCAUGACGCCACCUCGAGACUUGGAGGUUCGCGAGACCGGUUACGCCAUCCGGGGGAGACUGCAUUAUCGACAUCGGGGAGGCGCAUUCGUCCAGGCUCUUCUGGAUGCUGGGCACAGAUGAUGCUGAAAAAACAAGACGCAAGGAAAUUCGCUGGCAAGCGGGAAGGACAAGUUGCCACUGCUGUUUCGGGUCGGUGCUGAUGCAAUUGAUAAGUUCAAUUGAGCUUGUUUGUUGCAUUCUACUUGUGAUGUUCUGGAUGUAUGCAGCCGUGUGCCACCCAAAAAAAACUGAAUACAGGGUGCAUGACAAACAUGAUUGCACUAUUGUCGCACCUCGACCAAGCUGUGGCCUGAUAAAACAACUUUCCAAUAGUGUGCUUCUCUGGACGCCAUGAUGAGCCACUUGCAGCACGGGCAUUCGUAUUCUGCACCUACUGCGCAGAAUUCGGGUUUGGGAAGCAAACUUGCAGCUCCGAAGGCUACAAUGCCAGUGGCAAAAUGCAUGCUGACAGAAGAGGUGUCAUGUCAACCUCAUAUCGGGCUCCGUGCAAUUCCCACUCCAGCCCGCUCGGCCAGAGAUGCUGGGCACCAGGGUUGUGCAUUUCCUUUGUCAUCGCUUCCUCAGGGCCCGCAUUCCCCUGUCUCAAGAUGCACGCCUAGAGGGCCGCCGCAGACUCCAAGAGGUGCAAGUUGGGUGCCUCCACGCAUCACCCCGCAGCAAAGUUGGAAACCAGUGGCUCAAGUGGUUGGAGUUUCGGAUGAGACAUUUCGAUUGCCUGUUGCACCAUCACACUCGUGGGUCCCAAACCCUACUCCUAGGUGUGAGUUAGGUCGUCCAAAGUCAUGGAUCCCUCCGAUUGCAGCAAGGCAUGUGGAUCAUGUUGUGCAAGCUUCAGCCCUCGUUGCUUCGAGCCCGUCGUACUUGCCAAACAAUCAUGGUUUCAAUAGAACUAUGCCUUGCAAUUUCGAGGUGGAAAGGUUCCAGAAGGUGACAAACGACUGCUUCCCAAACAGUCCGACCUCAAAAAUUGCAAAACCAUUUUCGCAUUGUCCUUCUUUGGUUAUUGAUCAGCGUUUGGAGGGAAGUCCGCUGAGGGCAUGCCAGACAAUGAUUGCAGGACCCAAUCAAGAGUCACUACUAAUGAGGAUGCCACAGCAAAAUGCUCAGCAUACAGGUUUUCCUCACUGCCUCUCUCUUGUUGCUCCAGUCUACUCGGCCAAGUGCCCCAAGCGUCAAAAUGACACCCUGCGAAUAGCAUCAGCUUUUAAUUCCCGCCAGCACCCAGCCAAGAUGAGCACAGGAAUCCCCAAUGCAGAUGCGGUUCUCGAAGGCAUUGACUAUUUGGGGAUCGCUGAUGGUGUCUCAGGGGUGCACGCCCUUGGGCUCACACCUGAUGCUUUGCCUUGGGAACUUUUGCACUCUUGUGGCAGUGGUCUCUUCGCAGCGGCAGCUAAGGGAGAGCCAAAAGAGAAGUCAGGAAAGCAGGUGAGUGAGACUCACAGUGAAUGGAUGAUUGAGUUGAUUCAGGAAGCAUUCGACUCAACAGAGGAACAUGGUGCUACGACCCUCUUGUUGGCUGCAAUCAAGGGCAGCAACCUUGUCACAGCAUGCCUGGGUGACAGUGGAAUCCUCAUCUUGCGGCCUGUCAGUUUCUAUCCCUUACGGCUGCGGCCUAUCUUCAAGACUGAGCCCGGCCGCUACGAUGCCCGACGACCAGUCCAAAUCCAGCGCCUCCAUGGCUGUGAUGCAGCCAGUGCUCAUGAAGUCAUUAGCUCUGCCAACAUCGCCACAACUCCGGUGAAGGUUGGGGAUCUUUUAGUUUUGGGCACAGAUGGCCUGUUUGACAACUUGUCUGAUAUUGACAUCCAGAAAGCCCUCGAGAGAUGCUGCGCGACUGGCUCAAAUGAAGAGCUGGCCGAGGCUUCCUCAUUUCUGGUUGAUCUUGCAAUCAGAAGUGUGAGAUUGGGGGAAGACAAUGCGGAUAAGCCGCCUUGGCAACGCAAUGCAGCUUCUGUUCCAGCAAACAAUGCGGAUGACACAACAGCUUUGGUGGCAAUGAUCAAGGCAGACGAUGAUAUGUCAGAACCUCCCACGGCAAUGGAACUUUGUGAUGCAUCCUCUCUGAGCAGUUCUCUGAAGAGGAAUGGUCCGAUCGGGGCGAGUGCAGAUAUGAAGCUUUGCAGAAUGGAUCGUCACCGACGUGGGAACCCUAGAGGUGGCAGUCAUCAGCGCUCGUUCAGUGCUGGGGCAUCUCGGCAAGAUCGUCGGGACAAUUGUGUUAUCUCCUGAGACGGCUAGAUAGACCUUGUUUACAAAUUCACUUGCAAAGAUGAGCACCACACUUGGAGUGCAACUGUAUGCACUUUGAGCUUGUAUGAGUUGAAACUUGUUGGGUGUGGCAUGCCAAUUCAAGUGGACUCCCUCCCGCGGCUUGUUUUGAAAACUGUCUAUAUAUAUAUAUAUUGCGUGUGCGUGUUCUUUUUUUUUGAAAACGUUUGAUGCAUUGUUGCUUGUCUUCUUUGUGUGCUUCGGGGGCGAGCAUUUGCAGCAAAUUUGAUAGUGCUCUGAAUCGCGUGGCACUCGGCAAAUCAGACACAUUGAG